AUGGGCCUGACAUCAGUUGCAGAGUUGGAGCUGCGUAGACAUUCGCGACACAAACAUAGACUCCGACAUAGUCUCGAGCUUAGUAUCGCCUUUUGCCCGGCCUGGUUGAUGACGCCUUGGCGUGUGCAGGCCAGACAUCAACUCUGUUCGCUAGCGGGCAGAUGGCCUGUUGAGCCGAUGUCCAAAUGUAAAUGUAUUUUAUCUGUUCUCCACUGUCAAUUGAUUCAGCAUAUAGAUUAUCAAUUACAUACUAAGCCCAUUCCAUCUAGUCUCAUGGAACGUAGAAUAAAGACGUGA